AUGGGCGCUGGUGCAUCAAUUGCCACGGAGAGUAGAUUGACGAAGAAGACUAAACCCACUCAAAGACAUCAAGUAGAAGACAAAGUUACUACGAGACUAUCGAACGAUGGUCGCAACGACUCCACUAAAGUGCCCACUUCAAUCGAUGCCCGUAUCGUUGCUACACUGCGUCUGCUCAAUUUAACAAGACGUGCAGAUCCAAAGAGAAACCAAAAUACGCAUUUUGAGCGCAUCGUCCUUCAAUUUGCUUUGGUGCGAGAAGCUUUUUCCGCUCUUCGCAGCAUUUAUCAACAACUUGCCAGCACUGACAAAGAUGGACUUGACUUUGAGGGACUCAAAAUGGCACUCAUUGCUUUAGGAAUUCACAUUAACGAAUACGAUUUGACUGAGAUCUUUUACGAGUCGGACAUGGAGUGUUAG